GUAUUUAGUAAAAUAAAAAUUUGAAAUAGAAAUUCAAAUUGUCAAAAUAUCCCGCAGAGGACGCUUCCGUACAACAAAAACUACCUUCUUUAUUUAUGGUACCAGUAAUUAUAUAGGCUCGAGGGGUAUAAAUGUAAAAUCAGAUACGAUUUCCUCGCCCUUCUAUAUAUAUCUCGAUGGAUUCCAUCCUCAUCGUUGGUCCGCUGGACGGCUCAUCGGCUUCCUGAAAAACCAGUUGAGAGAGAGGGAAAGGGGUUCUCGUAACGUGAGCGAACAGAAAAUGGAACGACGGACUUCUCAGCGGCGAAAUGUGGCAGCUUCAAUGCAACCCAAAACCCCCAGAGUCACUCCGAAACGCCGCCGGAGCUCUGCUCCGGAUCAUUCAACGGGCGAAAACGCCGGAGAUGAGAUCGCCGGCGAUUUUUUCUACUGGAUGCACGACGAUCUUGUCGUAACCAUCCUCUCCAAACUGAGUUCUACAGCCUCCCGGCCCUCCGAUUUCAUCAACUCUAUCUUAUCAUGCAAAAGAUUUCGCUUUUUGUGUCUCACCAAACCAGUUCUUUCAAGGGCCUCUGUGAGAGUGCUUGCGGUGAAGGCCAAAAACUGGUCGGAUUCUGCUCAUCGAUUUCUCUGGUGCUGCUGUAUGGCCGGCAAUAUGCAUGCCUGCUAUAUGCUUGGAAUGAUCCGAUUCUACUGUUUAGGUAACAGAUUAACUGGAAUAUCUCUGCUGGCGAAAGCGGCGAUGGGAUUUCAUGCUCGGGCGCUUUACUCUCUUGCCAUUAUUCAGUUUAAUGGCAGCGGAGGUUCCAAAAGGCAGAAAGACUUACAAGCCGGAGUAGCGUUCUGCGCUCGCGCGGCCUCUCUGGGCCAUUUAAAUGCCCUAAGGGAAUUCGGCCAUUGCCUUCAAGAUGGCUACGGAGUUCGUCAGAACAUACUUCAAGGUCGCCGUUGUCUGAUCCAUGUUUACUACAACGAGACCACCGGCGAGGUGAGGACGGAUAAGGAGCCGCACCCAGUCAAUGUUUUCAUGGCGGAUUGGUUUGCUCAGAGACCAGGAAUAUUGGACAAAGAGGAUCUCAGGCUUUGUUCGAACAAAGGUUGCGGACGGCCGGAGACUCGAAUGUACGAAUUCCGGCGAUGUUCUCUGUGUGGAACAGUGAACUACUGCUCGCGCGCUUGUCAGGCGAUUGACUGGAAGAUCUUGCAUAAGAUGAGUUGUACGGCUGGGUUACUCAGACUAAGGUUUCCGGCCGUUUUUCCUGCCGUAGCUGCCGCCGGAGGUGGCGGUGGAGAUGGUGGUGCUGUGGAAGAGGCAGCGGUUUGAUCUACUUGGCUGAGGUUUUUGUUAUUUCCCUUUUUUCACUCUGCCAUUUUGAAUGAAGUUUGAACUUUUGAACAUUGAAGCAGUGUAAAUCGGUUUUGGUGGGCCCAAGGCUUAUGAUAUCAGCGUUUUGAUGAUAAUUUAUUUCUUCCCCAAAAAUGAUAAUUUAUUUUAUUUAAGAAAAGGGUAUCUUUUCUAAGGUAACCUAAUUAUUUAGUCAAAAUUUUUUUAUUAGUAUUUUGAAAAAAAAAUAUACACACGUCGCAUAUGUGUAAAAUUAUUUUGUGCAGAUAUGAACACUAUCAAGAGGCGAAUCAAAACUCGUCACGUCAUUUUUUUAUGUGUAUCACGGUUGUGUAAUGUUGUACGUGUAUCUGGUGAUGUGGCACAUUCUGAUUCGCCUGCAGACGGUCUGAUGUUCGCACAAAAAAUAGCUCACUUGAAAUCAUUACCUCUUAAUUAAUAGUCAAAGCUCCCAACCAAAAGAUCAACAUGAGCUCUAGGGGUGUCCAUAUUUGACACGACACGAAAACCCGACUUGAACCCGACCCAGAAUUUCGGGUUUGACCCAACUCGAUUUCAAACCGGCUCGGGUUGACCCGUCGAGUUAUUACCGGACCUCGAUCGUCAAAUUGCCAGAAUCUAACCACUACCACCUGAACACCUCUCAUCUCUUAUCGCCUUGGCAAUAUUUUCCAACACUCUCACAAGAGGAUGAGCUAUAAGUGCUCGUACUCUUAUAGUCCCACUUUUUCCAAUUUAGGAAAAUAAAAAAUAAAUCUUUGUAAUUGAUACUCACCUAUUAUAAUUAUUUCAAUUGA